AAAUCCUGUUGCCAAACAGCUCCUUAAAGCUAAAAACUUGAAAGUUCAGCUGCAAAGCUGGACCAACAGAGCCAUGGAUUGGCCCAUUUCCACAUUCGUGCCUCUCACACAGUCGGUGGCAGUCUGAGCUCCCCGCCUCUCCCAUCUUUUUACGUGGGUUAAGAAGAAGCAGUAGAACAAUACUUCUCUAUCCUCUUGGUCCAAACUUGUUGUGUUCGGGAACUUGCAGAAAAUAUUUUCCUUCAAAUCAAAGAUGAGUUCUACACCUGUGCCAAGAAGAGAGAGCCCUUGGGGUUUGCCCGACGGGGAUACACGACAACCUCGAGCACAUAGAUGUAAUGAUCGUGCUGAGGAUAUUGUCCAGGCUUGUUUUGAAGGAAACCCUUUUAAAACUGUUCCUGGUCCUUUCAAGCUCUUUUGGCGAUGCAUGCGGUCAAAACCUGGGGAGGAGCCAAUUGAGCCUUUUUACUAUUUGCAGCUGGAUCCACCAAAGAGGGAAGAAGUCAAGCUAGAGUAACCUCAGGAAAUCUGUAGGACUCUAGUUCUGCGCCUGCUCCAACAGCUUUUCAGCUGCUAGUCGUUUCUGUCAUACUUGAAAAAUGAUGACAGUCAUUUACUGAAACAAUCGAAAAAUCAACAAAAAUCAGUUUUUUGUGGAAGUUUUCUGAUUGCUUUCAUCAUUUUGACUGGUUUAAACUAUAGGGGAGCCCCUAGUAAUUUAUCCAUGCUUGUUUUUAAGCUUUAAUAGCCAACGUAUGGAAGUCAUUUGUUACAUAUACAUGUAUAAUUUUAGCUAUUUAUCUGUAAAAUGUUGUUUUUUCUUUGAAGUUUUGUUUAGAAAAUUG